GGGGGGGGGGUGCGAUUUUUAUUUGUUUUUUUAUUUUUAAAUUAAAUUCUGCUGAUCCCUGGAUUAGCCCUUACCGAACCUUGAAAGGAGUAUACAGCCUUUUGAUUCUAGUACAGUAAUACAGUAAGCCUUUACUGGGUGAUGCAAAGACGAAUUAAAAGUAAAUUAUAGCAAAUACUGCGUGCUGAUUGGCUAUUCUUAAAAUUCUUAUUCACAUGUUGUCUCUUUGCGACCAUUUCAAAAUAUCACGAGAUAUGAACAGCCGAGAAGCUGGAUCCAUGGUAAUUUAUCCCUUAAAAAAGAAACUGCAUUGUAUAUCAUUGACAUAGAAUGCAUCACUCCUCUGCACCCAUUUUUUGUCCUAAUCUAGCUUAUAUAAUUUCUCAGCCGAAUCGGCUUUUUGACAAUAGAAAAAGAGAAAAGCUAAUUCUAAUUACCGAAGCUAGUUUAGGACCUAACCAAUCUGAUAAUUCACAUCUAUUUCAUGACUUUCCACUUCAAUUUGGUGAUUUAUUUUAACUUAAAUCGUUAGGAAAAUUUACGACAUGGGGUUUGUGGAACAUAAAAUCUGUCUCUGCUUUAUAAAUUAACCUAAAAUACUUCACAAAUGUUCUUUUUUUAAUCGCUUGGCAUAAGAUUCAUCACUCUUGUUGUUAAUAUUGAAACUCUUGCUUGGAAAUACUUUUAUUCAUUUAUUUCGAGAUAAUUGAAAUUUUCCUGGCGCGAUUAACGGUAUCUGGUGAUAUCGCCGAAACCUAGGUUAACUAGACUUUAAUCAUUUAUAAAUCUAUUAUUUGUAGCUGUUCGUUUGUCUAUGAAACUUUGUUUGCGAAACGAAACAUGUUAAAACCUGAGUUUACAAUGAAAAACAAGUAAAAACAAAAACGUUUUUAGUUUAAUUCGAUUCUACAGAACGUUUUUUAAUAUAAAUAUACCACUUUGUAACGUGCCGGCGAAACAGCUAUGGUUGUCGGCUAAAAUCCAAUUGUCAGCCAAAAUCCAAGUUUGUCGGCGAAUCAGCCCGCGACAAAACAGCUGCUGUUUGAAUUUACCCCGUUCCGUGAGCUCAACUAGAUUUGUUUUUCUCACUCGCUCGACUUUAAAUUUAUCUCUCCCGUUCGUACUGAAACGCACUUUGGGAAAUACGUAUCUUAUUUCCUUAGAAUCCCUGUAUCAGCGCACUUUGUCGUUUUUCUGCUUUUGUGUUAAACCCGCCUUGAUUCACUCGCUUGACUUUUGAUUCACCUCCCCCGUGUGUUUGUAUUAUAAUGCUUCUUGGGAGAUACUUCAUUCUUUUAAAUUUCCUGUAUUCCUUAACGCUUUAAGGAGCGAACUAACUUUCCCGCUCUAUGGUUUGCUGGUGUGCACCUGUUCACGCAAGUCGCGUAAUUGGCGCUUGUCACGUUUGUCGUGGAGCUAGCCUUGCCUGUGAUUGGACUGUGUCGAGCGCAGGCAAAGCACCGCGUAAAACACGGAUUAGUUUUCUUAUUCGCAGCCGGGCGAGUCUGUACUCAAGUUUCCAUUUCGUAGAAGUGUACACAAGCUCUACGCUAAAGGCUUUUUUUACGUAAGUUGGGCUGUGAAAAAGAGUUUAUUCACUGAUUCGCAGCGGGGCAAAUCUUAGCUCUCUUAAUCUUUUCUAUUUUGUAGAAGUGUACUUGCCCUGCGGUUAGGUCUUUUAACGCAAAUUGGGCUGUGAAAAGAGUGUAUUGCGUGAAGGGCACGGGUAGACUCACUAACUCGCGCUGUGAACAGCAGUGCGCUGAGUUCGCUUGGAGGUAGCUUAGUCAAGUGGAGACGAAACGACUUUUAAGGUUUGUAUUCAAAGGACGCAUUUGAAGAGGAAGAAAGAGGUCGUUUGAAGUCUUCAAGUUCUUAACUUCUUUACUUCGUGGAGCUGAAUGGACGGUUAGAACGAUUGAAGAGACUAGAUGCCAAACUUGGCUUAAGAUACGUACAAUAAUUGGAAAAUAAGUGAAUCAAAUGAUCCUUGCUUUUGAUUCAAGUUUGCGCUUAUGAACAAGGACUAAAUCAAACAUCAUGUCUAACCUGCGGAGUUGGUGAGACUUGCAAAAACUUGCUACUCUUAGUUUCUAAGCACCUGUGGUUGGAUUCAACACGCAGUGUUUUUAUUCAAGUUUUGGAAUAAAUCAGGAAACUGUUAUUGCUUUUGUACUCGGUAGUCAUAGCAGAUAUAAAACUCUCGUCUGGACAAAUUAAUAAUGCUAAUGCUCUUAUGCUGUUGUUUUGCUCAGUGCACCCAUCGAGGAAAUCAAUAAUAAAACGGUUCUUAAAGAACGUCGUCAAUUUGUGAGACGAAGAAAGUCGUAAAGCAAACAAGACACUAACACAUAGUUGGCAAGUUUAGAGAUCUAUACAGCUUGUGUGCGGGUGGUACAUCUAGAAUGUUCGUUUCGUCGUGUGGGUAUCAAGACCCAAGCAAAGUCGCCAUUUAAAGACCACGAAGCUCCACGCUGUGUGAUUCGGAGAAUUCCGGAUUUUGUGAUUGGAUCCAUUGCGAUUGGCAUCGCACUUAUCAAACGGAUCUUAAGGGAACUGAGUGGAUUUGAUGGUUUUAUAACACCGAAGGUGGCACUUCCGCUAUCUUGUGAUUUCUCGCUAGUUCUGGCAAAGGAAAACAAGGCCACAAUAUAGGCAUAUUAAACUCCCUGAAAAACUUACUCAAUUGUGAUGGAGAGGCAUUGUCGAUAAUUAUACAUGGUUGGGUAAAGAAAGAGGCUUUUUUUAAAUGAUAUAAUAUAUUUUGUCCUUAAACCCCACGGUAUAUGGCUUAGAUCGAGCAUUUUACAUGUUAUGGAAAGUGAUCUGUAAAUCAACGAUAAAGCUACUAGAUCUUGUUCCAGGAGUGGAAGACACCCGUGUGUCACGACAUCUAGUCUCGGCGGAGGCAGCCAUUCUACAUAAACUGUACAAACCAAUAUCCCUUCGGGGGAAGCGCACUACUGUGUUGCCUUUUUGGCAGUCUAAAAGACAGCAAAACGAUUUGGUGUUACGGACGUCUGCAGGUGGCGUCAGCACUGUGCGUGAAGUGCAUAAUACUCUAAGCGGCCUUAUCAGAGGAACUGCGUGCGAUAAAAAAGGAUUUUGAUACGGGCCAUCUCAAGCCGUGCCUUUUAACGAGGGAAUUAUAUAAGUACUAUACAAGGCGGCGUCUAUAUUCUACAAGAAAUUCCUUGUUAUUCAGGCUGCCAUGGAAGCUUGGCCAGAGCCUACGCCUUUAAUUACCUCCGCACUUAGGGCCGACUGGACAUGGCUAGGUAGACGUUAUGGCCUUGCUACAACUUUCCUAAUCAUCUCGCUAUGGUGUCUCUUCAUACUCGCUAAGGACCGCCGUACGUAUCCACGCAAACUUCACGCGCUUUUCAUGAAUCUCUUGCUCCUCUUCGUGUCUAUUUGCCGCGCGGCCACGUUGCUCGCGGACCCCCUCGCGCGUACACACCCACCCGCCGCAUUCAUCACGUACAAGAUUUUCCAUGGUAUCGCGUCCAUCUGUGUGGUAUCUGCGUACAGUGUACUGCUGUUGAUCCUCCUGGAGACCACAAGUUUAAGGAUCGCGCCUUCAAGAAUCCAGAAGCUCCACGUCUUGCUUGCGGCGACCGCUGCAAACAUUCUCUACCUCGUCGUCGCUUACCUCGUGGUCCUUGAUCGCCCAAACCUUAAACUGCUGGUGCUAAUAUGCCAUGUCGUGAUGGGGGUAUGGGGUAUCGUCGUCUGCGUGGGGUAUAUCGUCACCGGCGGACGGCUCUACCGAAAUCUGUACCCAUCGCGCGAACUCACCUCUAGUGAUAGCUUUUUUCUUCGUGAGGCCCGUGGCAUGAAAAAGUUCGGGGUCAUGUUGGGGUUAGCCUCGCUAGACGGUGCAGCUUUGUUUACUGUGAGGAUCUAUUAUGCUACAAGUGGUUACGGUGUAUUGAACGGGUCUGGGGCGGUAGAGUUUUUGCCCUGGUAUUCUUUCGAUGUCAGCAUCACGCUUAUGGAGAUUUUGCUUUGUGUCCUGAUUUUCACGAUUGCGCUCAAGGCGGGCACGAGACGUCAAAGCGCGCGGGUUUCAAACGUGCAGAACAGGACGGCGACCACAGAGCAGUUGAAGAUGAGAACACGUGCUGUGACAAGCUCAGCUGUGGAGGCUGCCGAGGUCGUGGCUAACCCUGUCGCGACACGCCUGGACCAUGUGGUCUAGCCACACCCCUAGUAAAUGGGUUAACACCAGGACCAUGAAGUAUAGCCACACCCCUAGUAAAUGGGUUAACACCAGGUUAACACAGUUAACGCCAGGACCAUGUAGUAUAGCCACACCCCUAGUAAAUGGGUUAACACAGUUAACACAGUUAACGCCAGGACCAUGUGGUCUACCCACACCCCUAGUAAAUGGGUUAACACCAAGUUAACACAGUUAACGCCAGGAGCAUGUGGUAUAGCCACGCCCCUAGUAAAUGGGUUAACACCAGGUUAACACAGUUAACGUCAAGACCACGUGGUAUAGACACACCCCUAGUAAAUGGGUUAACACCAGGUUAACACAGUUAACGCCAAGACCAUGUGGUAUAGCACACCACUAGAAGGAUCGGAAAACGUGUGUGCGACUAUUGGAACCAUUUCCCUAAGGACAACUACGUGAUAUUACUACAACACUCAUAAGGGCACAUAGGAUGAGAAUAGCUAGCUCAGAAAGGGAGUUACUCGAUGUUUGCAAGCUCGAUAGUACUCUUAAGCAACCCUAGGGAUAUUAACGGAAAAUAGGAUAGAGAAUAGUUAUCACUUUCCCUGUGAUACGUUCGUGAAGUGCUGUAAAUGGUGUGAGACGUUCGUGAAGUGCUGUAAAUGUGAGACGUUCGUGAAGUGCUGUAAAUGUUGUGAGACGUUCGUGAAAUGCUAUAAAUGUUGUGAGACGUUCGUGAAAUGCUAUAAAUGGUGUGAGACGUUCGUGAAGUGUUGUAAAUGUUGUGAGACGUUCGUGAAAUGCUAUAAAUGGUGUGAGACGUUCGUGAAGUGCUGUAAAUGGUGUGAGACGUUCGUGAAGUGCCGUAAAUUGUGUGAGACGUUCAUGAAGUGUUGUAAAUGUUGUGAGACGUUCGUGAAAUGCUAUAAAUGGUGUGAGACGUUCGUAAAAUGCUGUAAAAUGUUUGUGACGUGCUUUAAAUUUAUAAGAAUUAGAUUUGGCGAAAGAGAGAGAAGACGAUAUUUUGUGGCUUGGUCCUUACUUUCUGAAGAAUCACUUACGAAUGCGCAGUAUUAUUUUACUAUGUAUAUUUUUACUCUGUAUGAAUUCAAAACGAUUUAUAUCCAUUAAAUAGAAAGGGCCCUUUC